CAAUAUUUAUUUAGAAAUAUAUCAUUCAAAUGUAAAAUAUUUAUAGAAACAGGAGUUGUGUUGAUGUACAAUUGUUUUUCCAUAACAACCAGUUUUAUUCUUCGAAACGGAAAUUUCAAAGCACUAUUAGGAUGUUAAAUUAAGACUAAGGCUCAUCGCACUUCUACACCAAUUAAGGUAUAAUGCCCAAUACAGCAAUGAAUUUAACACAGCAAAAUACUUGAUGAGAAAAGGGAUACGUACAUGAACUAGAAAUAAAGAUAUGGAUAUUGACAUCAGGGAUGCUGAAAUGUUUUGGAGAAACCAAGCUAGAAUUGAGGCUUCAAAGAACUUUGAGCUUCGGUAUCAGCAAGGACAUGGGCCUUACAAUGUUUUUAUAUUGGAUACUUCUAAAAGUAUUGGCGAAGAGGGCUUCAGUCAAAUAAAGGAUAUAUUUUCUACAAUCAUUUCCGAGUUUGCCAACCAUCCACAGGAAGAUGAGAACAUCGCUGUUAUUGUUUGUGGAAAAAUCACGAAAUUUCAACAUUAUUAUUCAAAUCGUUACUCUGAGAUUAAAGGCUGUUUAGAUGCAUUAGAAUAUGGAGGACUCUCUCCACUUACAGGGGCGUUUUUAUUAAGUAUGGGCGCCCAUGAAGUUGGAAGAGGCUUUUCAAACGGGAUAUGUGAUAUCAAAAUUCGAGCACGAAUAAUCCUGAUAUCUGAUGGUAGACCAACAGACUUCAAUACAUUUUCUGAUGAUGAGGAUUCGCCCUUGAAAGAAACCAUACAGGCAAAGGAUCAUCUUCAGUAUGUGGUGAAACAUCUAGGGAGGGAGCAUCCAAUAUUCUGCAUACCUGUAGGGGAAAAUCCAGAUGUGGCAUAUCUGAAAUAUUUAAGUUCAAAAGGAGGAAGGAUCAUUCAUCCACAUGAAGUUAAACAGAUUGCAAGAUUCACUCAAAAUCUGAAAGUCUUGGCAAUUUUAUCAGCCGAACAAAACUUAGACGGGAUUACAGACAAACCCUCAACUCAUUAUUACAAUGUAGUUUUCCCGAGACGAUAUUUUCAGAAAGAGGACAAGGACGAUAUAUUGGAUAUCUAUACCACAAGAUCAUUUUAUACCGACGAUCCCUCUGAUUCAAACGACGAGGAUGAGGCAAAUAUUAAACUUGUUGAGAGAGACCCUUGCCUACCAAACAUAGGGACAAGAGUUAAACGAGGAUCGGACUGGCAUAGGUCAGAUCAGGAAAAUCAUGGCCCUGGUACAGUUAUUGGACAUUCAAAGAAUG